GAUCGUCGGAGAGGUACAACUUGUAGCCCAUAUCUAAAAGCAAGCUGAGUAUAUGGAAUAUCCCAGAGUAAUGCAAACGCCAGGUGACAGUGAUAGUCAGCUUAUUUUGGUGCUGCAAAAUCUACGAACGCUGCCUGAAGAGCUAGUCAAAAGCCAUGCUGACCAUGUGGUGCAGCUGGACCUGAGUUACAAUAGCCUGAAGGAUCUGUCCUGGCUGGCGGAAUUCGAGCAGCUGCGUCAUUUAGUCCUUGACAGCAAUCGUAUGCAUGAGGCUCAUUUGAGGACCCUGACAAGGCCCAUGCCCCAAGUGGAGGUCCUGAUGUUGAACAAGAAUGAGUUCAGUGACCUGCCCACCACCAUGCGACUGAUCCGGAGGUUCUUUCCCAAUUUGGAGUAUCUGAGCCUCCACGGCAACCCGAUCUGUCCCGAUGGCCUGGAGCUGCAGCCCUUCUCCAGUUACCUGCGCUACGACUACGAGUAUUACAGUAAUUACAUUGCACAGUCGCUGAGCAAACUGAAGUUUCUGGAUCACGGGCUGGUUCAACGCACCUAUCAAUACGAGAGUUUUCCUCUCAAGAGCUAUGCUGGCAGGCAACUUGUUAAAACAACGAGUUUUUAAGAAGGACCUAAUCUACUUUUUUUAUUUCAUACAUUGGAAUAUCUUUAAUUUUUAUCUUAACCAUGUUUUAAAUAUUUAUUUAUGUUAAAUAAAUGA